GAACAAGAUUCAAAUGGUACUCUAAACAUACUGAGCGGAGCGACCGCGCAAAAGUCGCAGCGCACUACGGUAUGUACAGCUAGCUCAGGCUGGAGAGCGCAGAGGAAAGCUCACUUAGACGAUAUAGCGCGAGCUCCUUGCAACUUCUGAAGGAUUAAAGAAGGAUCAGGCGGCUUGUCGCCAGGAAUCAUUGAUUGGAAAGCUGGUGCACUUUGCUGUUCUUGGAAGCUCAGGUUGUCAAGCAGGGAGAGAACGCAAGCUGCUGGUUGUUGCAGCCUAUCUGUCUGCUGCAGGCGGGAAAGCCUCUGUAGCGUUAAAGUGCUUCUCUUCAACACCUGGCUAAAGAUUUCCAGGGUUAAAGAGAACCACGCAAGGAGUUGCAAGGGGAGGAGAGAAUGGCCGGAAAGGCAGAAGAGGCAGCAAAGGAGACGCAGGCCGCCCCGCCACCCGCUGCGCCUGGGCAGCCCAAGGUCGAUGUCUUUGAGGACGAUGAUGAGUUUGAAGAGUUUGAGAAUGAAGAUUGGAAUGCUGAAGAGGAAGACACCACAGCCGUACAUCAAUGGGAAGAUGACUGGGAUGAUGACGACGUCGGUGAUGACUUCUCAAAGCACCUUCGAGCAGAGCUAGAAAAGGCUGAGGGGCAAAAACAAUGAACUGGUUUGAAUGCUUUUCUACUUCUUGUACAGUGCACCUUCGCUAUUACGGCGAGGUUGCACCAUUGAAUUGGGUCGCAUCUAGCUCACGCCGCAAUUGUUGGUAUGCUUGAGCAUAGCUGUCACUUUGGGAUUGCCGCCUAAAUGCAUGGCCAUGAUAACAUGACGACA